CUUAGACACAUUUUGCUGGGCAUAUACACCCUGUAUAGAGAAAGAGCAAGAGCUCAAAAGAUAGUAUGAAUACCGUUUACUGUUGCGUAUUUCUUUGUGCCACACAUCAGUCAGCUAUAAGCACUGCUCCCAUUUCGAUUACUGGCUGCUCCAAGGAUAAUCAUGAAGAUUCAAGACGACUCUUGAAGAACUCACAACGAGCCAUAAUUGAUAACGUUUGAAAUCAGUCGCGGGAAGAAAGUAGACGCAGCAGCUGAACGGCACUGACAAGUACCUGUCGGACAAUCCAUAGAUGUGUUUGUGAGAGUGUAAGGAAGAACCAUGGAGUCUAUAUGCAGCUCUGUAUUUAUUGUGUCAUUGACUAUUGUUAUGUGAAACAAGAACACUUGAAAAAGUACUCUUGUAGACUGUUGACUCAGCCUUGGUAUAGACAAGACGUAUUUUCUGAUUCAUUUGAAGAAAGUCACAGUUGUCAAGCCAUCUUCCUUUUAACUAUAACUCAUUUUGUUUCUAAUGUUCGACAGUACGAGCUACUUACAGAAAGUUACAUAUGUAUGUUGAAAGUGUGAAUUACAUUGUGCAUGAACGUCAAAUACAUCAUUAACUGACGAAAAGGAGAGUUUGUAUGUCUACUUUCACACUUUAAGACAUCACAAAAUGUUAGAAUGUGGGACCUGUAUGAAAGGACCGAAAAAACAGGAAUUUUCAGUCAAAAACGAGAAAAGAAGCUGUUGUGUGUUGCCAUAGCAACCAAACAUAAUACGACAAGGGAUUUACUCUGAGACAUUGGAAUAUGUCCAAGUAUCUAAUAUGGAUCAGAAUUUGAAUGAAAAAGGAUGGAGACAUGAAAAAUUCACAAUGAUGAAAUAGAAAAGAAGAUUUAAAUGUAUUUGUCUAAGAAGAAAUACACAUAGAAUGCUUUAACCAAGAAGAUCCAGUGCGGGGAGUACACAGCUCUCGCACACAUUGCAGGGACACAGAUGUGGAAACCAACGUACAUCCGACGCCACAGUCACCAGUUGCUGUUCACCAGUGCUGACCUGCCUCCACAUCCGUUCAACUAUGUUAUGAGUUUUCUGUGCCGGGUGAGUGUGAAACAAAACUUCUUUACUUUAUCAUGAAGUGGUACAAGAUAGUGUUGAGUGAACUUAAUUUGUGCAGUUAUCAUAUUUAAAGUUAGUUUUAAAUGCUUACAAGAGCUAAAGCAUACAAGAGUAUGGAAAAUAUACAACAGGUUGGGGACACUCAAGAACAGGUUCAUGAAAAUUAGCAAAGAAGUGCCUGACUGAGCUCAGUUGAUAAAUUUAAUUAAAGCUCAGAGUCUGCAGUUAAAUGCUCAGAGUGAGACUCGUGAGGAAAGAAUUAGGCUUAGUAAAUUCUCAAUUAAAUAUUAAAAUGACAAAUUUGGGUUUGUUAAGUGCCAAGGUCAAAUCUCAAAGUGAAGAAUUUAGUAAUCUGCGUGAAGACAUGGGUACUUUGAAGACUGAGUUUGACACUAUAAGUAUUAAAGUAGAGAAUUUAAAAGUAAGUAGAUCUAAAGAAUGAGUAGACAAACGCUUUGACGACUCAUAUAAAUCAUGUAUUUACCAACCCUAGUCAGAAACAGAAUGAUACCUUUCAGGAUUUGUCAAAAAGGUUAGAACUUAACAUUGAGAACAAAUGUAAUAGUGUAGAAUGGGAACUUGUUGAAAAGUUAGGAUCGUUCAAAACGUGUACAAUAUUGCGUAUAAUGAUGUAAGACAUGGGUUGUAUACUUUGCAAGAGAGUGUAGAUAAGCAGAAUAAGUUAAUGUCAAUCAUUCAGUCGCAAAUAACAGGUGUCAGUACAUGGGUAGACAAUGUGGAAAGAAAUUUAGAAGAGAAAAUAGCUAACUCUGAUAUUGUAAAUGUAAUUAGUUUGGAGGAACACUUUGGGGAAAUUAUAGAUGGAAAAGUUACCGAGAGAAUAAUGUCCGGAAAUGUAUCACCUAUUCCUUCUUCUGAACUUAAUGACACCAGGAAAGGUAUGGAUGACCUGUGGAAAGAGAUUAAGCUUAUCCAAGAUAAAGUAGAAAAAAGGGUAUCUUCAUCUAACGUUGUAUUAACUAGUGAAGCUGUGACUGAUUUACUAUGGGGAGCUAAUUCAGCGUUAUCUAGACAAUUCCCUAAGUUUAAGCUGGACAGAGAGGUACAUCAGACCAAAUUAUUAAAAAGAUUUAACCAAGCUUUGCCAAAAAAUUGGGAAGACUCAAAGAAGAUCGAAUUUGCAGUGGGGUACCUUCUAGGGGAAGCCUCAGAAUGGGGUACAGUAAAUAUUGAGAAUUUUUCCUCUUGGGAAGACUUUCAAAAGAAAUUUAAAGAAAAUUACUGGUCUGCCAGUGCACAAGAAAAGUUAAUAUCAGAUCCAUGGGACCCGGGAGGAGUCAUCUAUUCCCUAGGGACAUUACAUUCUGAGUUACGGGCCGAGUAAUGACUGUCAGAUCCAGAGUUGUUUUCAGUGUUUCUUCUAAAAUAGUUUUCCUGCACUGAAUUCAUUUAAAAUCUAAAACUAGCCUUUUUUCUUAUUGAUUAGAAAACUGGAUAUGACUAUGAAAUAGAAAAAAAGAAAAAAAGUGAUAUCUAGAUGAAAUAAAUUGACUAGAGUAUUAUAUUUGUGGAAAAUGUAAUAUGAUGUGACUAACUGAACAAUUGUUAUACUGAACUGUAUAGCUUUUCUAUUUUGUAUUGAGUAUUUUAUACCUUUUAUGAGAUGUGAUACAGAUGGGAGGGUUUGUAUAACUUUUGAAAGGGGUGGGUAUUGUAGUUAAAAGCAUGAUUUACAAGAACAGAUAAAUCGUGACUUUCAAACAACUCUCACAAACAAGUGUGCCUGAUUCUUCUACAUUUGCCGUUUCCAUAGGGUUGCUAGGAUUUCCUUUGGAGACUUCAAAGGGUGACGGUGGAAGAAGUCCAUUCUGUAGGAGACAAUUUAACACCAAACCUCCUUCGGCAUCUCACUCAAGUAGAGGUAGGGAUCCUGGGGAAGGGGGUUGGGAAGGCUUUCCUGUCUUUGGGGCUAUCUUCUUUCUCUUCUUUGAUCCUAGCAACCACAUCUAUUUUUUCCUUUCUUACUUCUCAUCUUGAGGACCUGUUUAUCUUUACCCUCUUUCCAUAUUCAUAAACUUCUAUCGCUGAAGUCCUUCCUUAUUUCCGUGAUUACUAAUAACCUACAUCUUAUCUUUAGAUAAAAAGGCCAAAGAAUCAGACUACAUAAACAAACAUCCACAUAUACACAAAUAUACACCUCUACGCAAAUAUUAAAUUAUAUGAGACAGUCUGUCACGAUGUGAGAACUGCCAGGUGUUGUAGGGGAAAAGGUGUGUACACAGGGAAUUAUGCACACAUAUAUGAGGAGUUAUGACAGUUCUACAUGAAAUAUACAUAAUGAACAACUAUAAAACAGUAAUGAGUAAUGGAUAAAUAAGA